GGGAUCUGAAGAGUAACAGGGUGCAGACAAUUGUGGACCGUCUUAACCUAUUUGACUGACCGUCGUGUUGGAAAAAAACGCAAAUGGGCAAAGCGUUGUUGACACUUACCCCAGGUUGAUCUGAAGUCAUGGCGUCAUUUGACUGUGAUCGCCGGCGCUCUCUCAGUGAAUCCGAUGCCUAUCAAAAAUUCCCGUACAAACGCGUGGAGCCCAGUAUCAGCAAGUUUGUUAUGGUCCUAGAGACAAAUAUUGACCGCUUAAAAAAACACCAGGUGAAGAUACUAAAGUUUCUGAACAAUGAAGACUGGAGCAGUCUCCACACAGAGCAGGUGAAUGCCUCACGCACUGUUCAGCAAAUCAACGCCACAGUGAGGGAGAUGGAGAGAGCGAGGAACCAGAUUCAGGAAGAGGACUGGGAAAAGUUUGACUCUAGAGUGCUAGCGGUGAAGAAGCUGGCUGUGGAGGGUGUUGUUGAGUUCAUGGAGAGCUGUGGUGGGUCAGACAUGCACAGUCGACAGGACAGGUCUGUAGGUCCUGCCAUACUGCACGUGGAAAGUGACGUGGCCGACGGACCUCAAGGAGAGGGGGAGAGGAUGGAGGAUAUAGAGCUCUCUUCAGCCCUGCAGACACAUGUCAUCCCAGACAACACAGAGGCUGCUGAGUCCUGGGAACACCUGAGAGAGAGCCUGAUUGAACUGAAUGCCCUAUUCCAUGACUUCUCUACCAUGAUACAGGACCAGCAGGAAAAGAUUGACACAAUUGAGGAAAACAUAGACAAAGCUCACGAAAAUGUGCAGCAGGGAGUGUAUAGCUUGUCAAAGGCAUCAAAGUUGAAGGCUGCAAUGUUUCCGGUCACAGGGGCUCUCAUCGGGGGUGUCAUCGGGGGUCCAGUGGGGCUUGUGGCUGGGCUGAAAGUGGGAAGUUUGGCAGCUGUUGGUGGCGGCAUUGUUGGCUUUGCUGGUGGCAGAUUGGUCAAGGGGAGACAAGACAAGAUACAAGAAACAGAACUGAAGAAUCUCAGCAGAAGAGAGAACCAGGAGAGUCAAACAAAGGACAGCUGACAGCCUCAGGCGGAGGCUGGUAUUUCUGACAGGACAUAAUGAUGACUGCUGUGAUGAUGAAGACCAGAUCACUAUCUAUAAAAAAGCCUUCAUGUGAACAUAUCAUGCUGGGAACAAUUCUCAAGGUGAAUGCAAAUACUUAGCUGAACUCUUGUUUACCUGAAGAGAUCAUGUGAUGAACCCUUGUUUACUUGAAGAGAUCAUGUGAUGAACCCUUGUUUACAGAAACAGAUCAUGAUGUGAACUCUUGUUUACCUGAAGAGAUCAUGUGAUGAACCCUUGUUUACAGAACAGAUCAUGAUGUGAACUCUUGUUUACCUGAAGAGGUCAUGUGAUGAACUGUUGUUUACCUGAAGAGAUCAUGUGAUGAACCCUUGUUUACAGAACAGAUUAUGAUGUGAACUCUUGUUUACCUGAAGAGAUCAUGUGAUGAACCCUUGUUUACAGAACAGAUCAUUAUGUGAACUCUUGUUUACCUGAAGAGAUUAUGUGAUGAACCCUUGUUUACAGAAACAGAUCAUCAUGUGAACUCUUGUUUACAGAGCAGAUCAUGAUGUGAACUCUUGUUAAAAUGAAUGCAUCAUCAGGUGAGGAAGAGUUGAAGUGAGAAAAUUCUAACAUGAACACAUGUUUUGGUGAAUCAUAAGCUGUAGAGAUCAUGAGGGGAACAAGUAACCAGAUAAUGAAAUGAGCAGAUCUUUAAGUGAAGAGAUCCAUCAGUGAGGUGAAUUAAUGCAUCUUGGGCUUAACAAAUGUUGAUGUAAAUAGUGCUUGAGGUGAGCACAUCAGGUUGGGAGGAAAAUAUGAGGUGAACACAUAUCAAGGUGACCCAUUAUGAGGUGAAAUAUUUGAAUCCUGAGGUGAAAUUGCCCUAAGGUGUAACUGAGGUGUAAGGUGAGAACACUAUACCUGUAGACUGUCUCCAUCACACUGUCUCUGAUUUCCCCACUGUCUGUGUUUGUGUUCACGACUAUACAGGUAUGCAGGUAUGUCUGAACAGGUACAUGUAUGUCUGAACAGGUGUGUCAAAAUCAGAUCUGAUCCUGAUUAAGCGUUGAUGAAUUCUCAUGUACCUGUUUCAUACACACUUCCUCACAGUGUGGUCUGUCAGCCAACUGAUCUCAGCUUACAGACAAAUACUCAUUCUUUGUGUACAUGUCAUGUUAUACAUAUUCACUACAGGUUUAUAGGGAGUAUUCUUUUCUGGGGAUAUCGGACACCUUUAACAUAGGCUCCCAUGC